AUGAGUUCUCUCACGCCAGACUGCACUUCAAAGUGUCGAUCUCUACAGCAUGCUUUGGAUGUUAUUUCUGUGGUAACUAGAGGAAGUGAAGGCCAGAUCAAGGCCUUUCUUUCUUCUUACUGCUACAAUGCUGCAACUAUAAAGGAUGCCUUUGGUAGAAACGUUAUACAUCUUGCUUCAUCUUGUGGCAAAAAAGGUGUGCUAGACUGGUUGGUUGAGACCAAAGGAGUAGAUCUCUUGGCGAAAGACAAAGAGUCUGGAUGGACAGCUUUGCACAGAAGUAUAUUUUAUGGAUACAUUGAUUGUGUUUUGUCAUUACUGAAGCAUGGCGUCAGUCUGUAUGUUCAGGAUAAAGAAGGCUUAUCAGCCCUGGAUCUUGUGAUGAAAGAUAGGCCAAUCCAUGUGGUCUUCAAGAAAACCGAUCCCACGGAAGUCUACACCUGGGGAAACAAUAUAAAUUUUACUUUGGGUCAUGGUGGUCAACAGGGUAAACAUCAUCCUGAAUUGGUGGACCUUUUUCCUCGGAAUGGCGUGUAUAUCAAACAGGUGGUACUCUGCAAAUUCCACUCUGUGUUCCUUUCCCACAAAGGUCACGUUUAUACAUGUGGACACGGACAAGGAGGGCGCUUGGGUCAUGGUGAUGAACAAACGUGUCUGAUUCCAAGACUUGUGGAAGGCUUAGGUGGUCAUCAGUGCUCUCAAAUAGCUGCAGCUAAGGAUCAUACUGUUGUUUUAACAGAAGAUGGAUAUGUUUACACGUUUGGUUUAAAUACUUUCCAUCAAUUGGGUAUUCUUCCUCCUCCUCCUAAUUGCAACGUUCCUAGACAGGUUCAGGCAAAAAACCUGAAAGGUAGAAUGGUGAUUGGAGUGGCUGCAGGCAGAUUCCAUACAGUGCUAUGGACUAAGGAAGCAGUGUAUACCAUGGGGCUGAAUGGCGGCCAACUAGGUUAUCUGCUGGAUCCUAAUGGAGAAAAAUGUGUAACUGCACCUCGCCAAGUUUCUGCUCUACACCAUAAAGAUAUCUCUGUGUCCUUGGUCUCUGCAAGCGAUGGUGCUACAGUAUGCGUUACUGAAAGAGGAGAUAUUUAUUUACUUGCAGACUAUCAGUGCAAAAAGAUGGCUUCGAAACAGCUGAACCUUAAAAAAGUUCUUGUUAAUGGUGGAUAUUUGGAAUAUAAGGUAGAUACCCAGCAUCUUAAAGAAAAUGGGGGUCAGAAGAUUUGCAUUUUAGCGCUGGAUGAAGCUGGAAGAGUGUUCUGCUGGAAGUCAUCUAACAACUCUAUGAAGCAGUGUCGUUGGGUGUAUGGCCGGCAAGUCUUCAUGUCCGAUGUUGCUUUAAAUAGGAAUGAAAUAAUGUUUGUCACGCAGGAUGGUGAAGCCUUUACAGGGAAGUGGCUGGAAGAAGGGAAGAAAAUCUCAGAAAAGAAAGCAGAACUUGUAUCGAGCCUUCAGAAUUCUUCAUGUGAUGUGUCUUGUGAACAUGAUACAAACAGUGUGUAUGAAAGAAUUCGACUUCAGAAGCUUACUUUUGUCCACCGAGCUGUUAGUAUUGCCACCGAUCCUAACGGUUGCAAUUUUGCUGUUUUACAGUCAGAUCCUAAAACAAGUCUCUAUGAAAUUCCAAAUGUGUCAUUGUCAAGUUUCGGAGAGGAUUUUGGCAAACUGUUAGAUGAAACAGAUGAAAUGGACAGCAUCCAUGAUGUGACUUUUCAGAUUGGCACAAGAACUUACCCCGUGCACAAAUACAUUUUGGCUGUACGCUCCGACUUCUUCAAGAAGCUGUUUGUUUCCAGUGACAACCAGCUAGACACUCCAGACGUCUACCGUAAAGAUGAAGAUGCUGUUGGAUGUGAUCUUUAUGUAAUAGAUAAAGUUCAUCCAGAUCUGUUUGCAUACCUUCUGCAGUUCAUAUACACUGAUACUUGUGAUCUUUUGACUCAUGGUUGUAAACCAAAAAUCCUGCAUAAAGGAAAAUCGGAAGAAUAUCAAGAUACUUUAAUUUCUAACCUGAGCAAAAUGAGUUUUGAUGAAAAUGUUAAUGGAAAGUCUGCAUUUGAGAUCUAUAGAAAUAAUCAAGUGCAAGUUAUAAAUGAAAAACAGAAGAGCAAAUCUAAAAAAGGUAAAGUUGUUGGUGAAGAAGCUAACCUCAUAAAAAUGUUGCAAAGUGCUGCAAAGAAGUUUGGACUCAGCAAUUUAAGUGGAAGGUUGGAUGGAGUCAGGUUAGAAAAUGGAAAAAUUAAUGUUGUCAACAAGAAGAAUGGGAACAAACCGAAGUUAAAUCAGAAGAAAUGUUCGUACCUCUGCGAUGUGACCCUGAAAUCUUUAGAUGGAAAGGAAUUCCCAUGCCAUAAGUGUGUACUUUGUGCAAGACUUGAUUAUUUUCACAGCAUGUUAAGCAGCUCAUGGAUUGAGGCUUCCUGUUGUUCAGCUCUGGAAAUGCCAAUCCAUUCUGACAUACUACAGAUAGUUGUAGAUUACCUGUAUACAGAUGAAGCUCUUGCGAUAAAAGACUCUCAAAAUGUGGAAUUCAUAUGUAAUGUUCUUGUGGUAGCAGACCAACUUCUUAUAUCCAGACUCAAAGAAAUCUGUGAAGUAGCCAUUGCAGAAAAACUUACUUUAAAGAAUGCUGCCGAGCUGUUGGAGUUCUCAGCAAUGUAUAAUGCUGAACAGUUAAAACUGUCCUGCUUGCAGUUCAUAGGACUCAAUAUGGCAGCUUUGCUUGAAGCAAGGACUCUGGAUGUCUUAAGUGAUGAAGUUGUAAAGGAUCUUUCUGUUUAUUACAGGAAAAUGAUUCCGGCUAUGGUCAGGAGAGUAAUUACUCCAUAUCCAGAUGGACCUGACAUAAGUUCUUUUGAGCCUGAAGAUGGAGAGAACUUUGUCUUUUUAAGGGAAGAAAUGAAUACUGAACAAAAUUCUCAGGAAGCCCUUUUCAAAAGAGCAAAAACUAAGGCAAAAAAGAAACCACGAAAACGGUCCGACAGCUCUGGAGGAUACAAUCUAUCAGAUAUUAUUCAGAGUCCAGCCUCUACAGGCUCAGUAAAACUGGAUAAAACUAACUCUGUAGAAUCACUUCCAGAACUCUUAACAUCUGAUUCUGAAGGUAGUUACGCAGGAGUGGGUAGCCCCAGAGACUUGCAGUCCCCCGACUUCACAAAAGGAUUUCAUCCAGAGAGGACUGAGAUGAACGACAAAGCAUGCAGUCAGGGUAUGAAAACCUCUCAACCUAACAAGGAGAUGAAGUCAUACAAGGGAUCAUCAGCAUUGACACAGUCUGUUCCACAGUCUAUUCCCAGUGCCAAAAACAACUCUGCAAGCUCUCCCAAUUGGGUAGCAGCCAGUUUCAGCCCUGCCAGCCCUCCUGCUAUGGAUCUAAGAACCAUCAUGGAAAUUGAAGAAAGUAUGCAGAAAUGUGGAACCAUGCCAAAGGCAAAUUCAGGCAGAAUGGCGUCUCAUGGAAUCAAGCUUUCUCAGAAGCAAAGGAAAAUGAUUGCCUUGGCAGCAAAAGAUAAUGGAUCAGUAACUAACAUCACAGAGCCUACUACACCAAUAACCACACCACCCCCACCUACGAAAGUUGCAAAACUAGGAAGUGCAUG